UGGGCGACAUCCCCAGAACACGCUGCCUGUCUUGAGCUCAGCCAAGCCUAAACGUGCCUUACCUGUUUGCAGGAAUGCCCUCCCAGUGCAACAAGGCCAAGGGUGAGAGCACGCGGCCUUGCGUCAGCUUUGCUCUGCCGGACAUCUCGCGUCAAAACGCGACUCUGCCUGUUCUUGACAAGGAUGACCCAGCCACAACCGCCCAAGUCACAACCAUCACCGACUUUUCCCCACAUCCUGCAAGAGCCGUACUGUCAUCGUCGAUGACCUCGUCAUCGUCGUCACCAUCCUUGACCCCGCAGCUCUCUUCACGCCACUCGUCACGGACGCGGUCAUCAUCGUCUUCGACCGCCUCGACCUCCUCGACCGCCUCGACCGCCACGACUGCCUCCACGUACUCCUCGUACUCGUCGGACUCGUCGUCGACGGCAUCGCCGUCAUCAACAUCAUCGUCCACUGAAAAGGCCCUGCCGCUCACCUCGCGCCCACGCCGCACCCGCAGGCCAACGAUGUUUCCCUCGGCCUCAGCCAUGUCCGCUGGCUCGGGCGUCGGAUUGGCAUCAAACGGCACUGUCACUUCAUCGACUAUGAUGGGCACGCUCUGGUCGACCUCGGUACACUCGACCCUGCAGCCAACCACCAGCGAGAACUUUACCCUGAACUCCGUCUCUACAACUUCGUCGUCGAUGUUAGCCGAGACGUCCGACCUGCUUCCACGCCGGAGACAGCCGCGUGCCGCCGCACCUGGCCUCAAUCGCGCCGUUUUCGGCACCAUCCUCGCUCUUGUCGACAGGCCAUCGCGCCCGCCUGGCAUCGCUGCCUGCCUAACUAUGGCUUCUGUGUGCACCGAGCUCAUCCAGUUCAUUACCCUCACCUUGGUUGUCUUUGCCGCUGAGCCCUCUGCUCCGGGCACCUUUCACACCGUCAAUGCGCUCUCGCUCGGUGUGCUCACUGCGCGGACGCAUUGGCACCAAGCAGUUGUCGCGUGCAUUGGCGUGACAAUCGCCACCGUCGCUGUCGUCGUCAUUGCCAUUCGCAUCGGCCGCGGUGCCAUCACGAUCUCCCCCACGAUGCGGACGGUGGCGUCGGGCAUGAUCGAGCUUCUCUCGGGCCCACUCCUUGUGCCCUGCCUCCUUGCGCUUCUCUCCAACAUGGCGCUCACUCUGCCGGCCGCUAUCCUCGUCGUCCUCGCCUUCUUUACCUCUCUCAACUCAGCCACUGCAGCUUUGCAGAUGGAAUCCGAGGCUGCGCUGCGGUGGCAUAUUCCUGGCGCCACGGUCGCCAUGACUUCCAAGCUGAUCGCUGUUGUUGCCGCUGCCACUGCUCCGCACCUCCCCGCACUCGCCGUCAUCAUUUUCCUCACUGCCGCUGCCGCCACCAUGCUCCUCUCCGCCGUUGUGCUCCGCGAGCUCAUCAUGCUCUCGUCAUCGCGCAACGCUUCUCGAAUCUCGGCCGCCCGCAUCGUCAUUGCGUCGGUCUGGCUUGCGGUUGUUGUUUCGUUUUGGACCUGGCAAUUCAGCUCAAGCCUGAUGAGCCCGUUGGCAGUAGCUAUCUUUGGUGCUUCACUGGGUGCUGCCGCUGGCCUUGCCCUCGCAUCGCUUCCACUGCGGUACACCGGUGUCAUCGAGCGAUUGGCGACGUCGCUGUCGUGGGCAACGCUUGGUCGGACCGCUCCGCAUGUCUACGCCAUGGGCCUCGAGUCGCUGCUCCUCUCGCCUGUCCGACUUGCAGAGUACGGCGGCUAUGCCGCCUACGUCGUUGCCGAGUAUGAUGCUGCCGAUGCCGCCUUUGCUGCAGUCCAGCAGACCUCAGUGCCCGGGCCGCACAUGGAACAGGCUGCGCUCUGGACCGAGGCAUCGGGCUUCGAGUCGUCGGUGGCCUCGGUUUACAUUGAGCUUGCGCUGCGCGGCGCGCGCGAAAACCACGCCGUCGCGCUCACCAUAGGCACCGCGCCCAACCUCGAGGACGAGGCCGCCCAUGCCCAGACCUUUCUUCACAUGCGGCGACAGCUCUCGCACGAUGCCGACCUGCAUUUCUUCCACACCCGCGUCAACAUCGACGCCAUCGACGAAGCGUAUGUGGCGUACCCCACCUUUCCCCACAUUCUCUCGGACAUGCUUCGCGGCUUUUUCGCGCCAUCGCCGCUCUGCCCGCGCUCGCAGGUCCCUGCUGCCUACGCCAUUACCAAGCUCCGCGAGCUUGCUCUGGCCACCCAGCUUCCAGCUACCAGCUUGCAGGUUCUAUCGGAUCUCAUCGCUGGUCCUCUGGCGCUGAGCUCGUCGCGCAAGUCGAUUCUCGCCCGUGCCUUGGCGCUACCGCCACCAUGGCAGUCUCCUAUGCCUGGCAAGGACAAGAUGUCGCCCAAGAUUCCUACCAACUUGAUUUGGGGUGGAGCGGGGCGGCUGUCGUCGACCACGCCCAACGGCGUCGUCAUGAUCCUCGUCAACACGCUGCGGACGCUUGUCUCGCACUUGACGCGCCAGAACGACAACGCUGCCCUGGUUUUUAUGGUCGAAAAGUACUGGGCUGUCGAUCCGGCCACUCACGCCGUUCUGCGAGGUCUCCUUCUCACCUCGCCAGAUCUUCCCGUCGUCAUUGUGACCGAGGCUGCCAAGAGCCACUCGGGUCUUGUCCUCGAUCCAUUGAUGCACAAGUGGGUCUCGGGCGGGACGCUCAAGACGAUCUCACCCGCGCUCGCUCAGCGGUCGGCGCUCGUCUUUGACGACCUUCCCGCAGUGGCCCAGUACGAUGCCAUCCGGCUCAUGACCGCGCCACAUCGCCCCACUGUCUCGUUUGCCGGCAUGGCUAUGGACGUCUCGGUCCUCAACUCGAGUAGGGCAGUGCCGUGCACCGUGUGCAUGGCCACCCACCAUCACCGCAUGGCGCGCGACGGAUGCGCGACCGUACCUGUCUCGGAGCGGGCUGAUGCUGAGCUCGACGCGUCGAUCGCCAGAUUGGAAGUCCAGAGGCAGACCAACCUGCCGUCCACCGGCCUCUGCCUCCUCGGCUUUGACUUUGCCAACUGUAACUCGCCUGGGCUGGACAUUACGGCUGCGAGCGGGCACCGCUUCGCCCAGCCAAGCCACGUUCCAUCAUCGGCAUGUCUCCCGCCGCACCCCUACGUCGCCCGCCCGGCACCGUACGUCGUCAACGCAACAGGAUCGGGACCAAAGGGCGGAAGAAGCAACCGCAAAGUGGCACCCAAGCCUAUGUCGAAACAGCCGAUAUCAUCAGGCUCGAGCGCCAACCUUCAGGUCAACAUUCUUGGAAACAUUGGCCAAGACAGCUCGAUCUGGAAUGACUCGGCAGUGUCAGACUGGCACGAGAGCGAGAACUUGGGCGGGAAGCUCGACACAAGCUCCGGCCCAAACAGCUCAGUUCACAUCCUGCUUGGCAUGCGAGCACUGCGGCACUGCUCAUCCGAUGAUUGUGUGCAAGAGCUCCGGCUGAUGAUGUUCGGCCGGGUGCUUGACGAUCUCACCCUUUCCGGCUCCGCGCACCUGCAUCUCCCGCUUGUGGCACUCAUCGAGUUUGCAGCAGUCAUCGGUCGCGCUGGCUCGCUCACCCUCCUCAAGGACGCGUACAUGCGGGCGCAGUCCGAUCCGAGCCUUGCGUCGCCGCAAUUGGUCUUGGCCUUUGCAAACUCGGAACUGUGCUCAGUGACCGAACUAUACGGCCUCGCGCAGGUGCACGACGUCCUCAAGACGAUCACGGAUCCGCUGUCGGGCAAGGAGUCGUUUCAGUUUGUGCGUGCCGCCGAGCGGCACGCCAUCCUUGCAACACUCCCGGUCGGCGAUGCCGAGUUUUACGCCUUCCACGUCGGCCGGACGCUCGCCGCCUCUGACCAUCCGGUCGACUCGCACCCAGCCAGCUUCCUGCCGUUUGCGCGCCGGGCCGGCGACAUGCACCUCAUCGUCAAGGGCUGUGUCUCGCUCAUUGUGGACCAGCAACUCGAGCUGCCGCUGGCGGACUAUCGCCAGGUGCUCGGUGCCAUCGCGCGGUCGGACGCGCGCCGCGAACUCCACCGCGACGGUCCCAACGCCGAGCUUCCGCCGGUGGAGACGCGGCUUAUCAAGCGCCUCUUUACCCCCGGCGAGGAGCUUGGGCACAUGGCGCCGGACACCACCGUCAUCAGCGAUCGCCUGCCGCCGUCGGAAGUGACGCGCGUUGGUGCCGAAGCGCGGUGGAGUCUGCUCAUGGCUUAUGCACGCGCGGUGCUCAACGCCGCGCUCGUACGCGACCAAACCACAGCCUCACACAUCGGCAUGCAGCGUGUUGGAUCUACGCGCGGCGAGGUGCUGUCCGACAUCUGCGUCCUGCUGAGCAAGCACCUCGCCGAGGGCCACGGCAACGAUCUCGAGGUGUGGGCUCUCAAGACCAACAUGGCAGUUGCGCGCGGAGACCUCCGCACUGCGCGCGAUAUGGUAGUCAAGGGCGCGCUGGCUGCAACCUGCGAGGGCGGGCCGUCGCAAGGCCAACAGCUGGCAGGCGAGGCUGCAAUCUCCAUGGCGACGGGACGGCUGCUUUUGACGCGCGCGCGGCCCAAGGCCGCGGUCGGAUGGUUUGUCAAGGCCCUCAGUGCGUCGCGCAAGGGCUGCAACGCGACGGCCGCAGCCGAGGCGCAGCAUGAGCUGGGCGUGACGCUGGUGGACAUCGGACUCGUGGCGCGGGCGAAGCGGCAGUUUGCGUGGAUCGACAGCUCGACGCCGUGGAGCGCGGUGCUGCAGGUGAAGACGGUGCGGCUGCUGAACGCACGGGCGUGGAUGCUGCUGCAGGCCGGAGAGUGGAGCAAGGCGCACGUCCUCUGCCUCCAGAUCUACUCGUCGGGCAAGUCAUCGCCGGGUUCACUGGCAGCUCUGCGGACAAUGGCCAUCAUGGCGCUCCUCUCCAACGACGUCAAUGCGUUUGAUCAGAUCCUCAGCUCGAUCAUGAUGGAAGGCGACGAGACGGUCAUCCUUGCCGAAGGCUUUCUCCUCAUGGCUAUGGCCGCCUUUCGCGAUGUCCUACUCACGCGGCCAGAGCUGGUGGCAAUCGAUCCCGCAUCCGUCCCACGGGUGAAGACACUGGCCUUCAAAGCCAUGGCAGGCUUUUCGGACAAGAUGAGCCGGCUCGAGUGUGCGGCCAAGCUGAUGGCGGACGUGCACGCCAUGAGCGCGUCGUCAAUGGCGCUGGACGGGGUAGCGGCACUGCCGAUGGUGAUGCAGAUUGGCAUCAAGGCCGUCACACUCAUCGCGUCCUGGCUCAAGCUCGACUUGGCGAAUGACGACGUCACCGGCAGCGACAUGCUGCAGGAUGAGCACGAGUUUACCGUUUCGAUGCUCGGCGAGGCCUCCAUAGGCUAUGUGGUCGACUGGGUUGAUACAGAUGGCGGGCUUUCGCGGGCCAACAUGAUGGCGGCCACUGCUGCUCUGCCAUCGCCGCAUGUUCCCACUUUCGGCGAGUGGGAUCUCGUCAAGUGCUGCGAGCUUGCCGUGGCAGCAGGAAAGAAUCUCGCGCAGACGCGGCGCAUCCGGGGGCAGGCAAUCAAGGCUGCGUUUUCGGGUAGUCAACUCAUGACGUGGCUGUCUGACAACCACGUCGUUUCUGACAGUAGCCAUGCCAGUCUGCUCUGCGAGCGGCUGCGGUGGCUGGGCCUAAUCGUGCCCGUCACCACCGGCCUCGGCGUUGUCGAACGGUUCGAGACCGCUUUGCCGUCGCAGCUGUAUCGUGUGUGUGUGACGUAGAUGGAUGACGAUAAAACAGACAUGAUUUCGGCAAACA